CCGCCACUUUUCGAGCUGACGACUUUUAGAUAUCUCGUCAGUUUCCUCUAUUUGCAUUAAUCAAGGUUGUGAUAUAAUUUAUAAAUUGUCGCUUUAUUUGUGUGAUAAUUAAAUAUUACGUAAUUGUGCUCGAUUACAGGUGUUUUUCGUUGCGUAAAGACAAUUUAGAAGCCAAAUAUUUCUUAAUUUUUGUCAGGCAUUCUCUGUCGUCGCCCGAUUCUUGCCGCAAUGCAUUGUGGUCCUGUCCCCCGCUCAUCUGUUGGGAUCUACUGCUAACGUGAAGCUGGUCCUGGUGGUGAGGGUCCAGAAUUAUUAAGACUAUGUCUUUGAGGGAGUCAUUUAACCCCGAAAGCCAUGAGCUGGACAAGAACUUCAGACUCACACGCUUUGCUGAGCUCAAGGGCACAGGCUGCAAGGUACCACAAGAUGUUUUAACAAAGCUGCUAGAAUCCUUAAAUGAGAACCACUUCCAAGAGGAUGAACAGUUCCUAGGGGCAGUAAUGCCUCGAUUAGGCAUAGGUAUGGACACCUGUGUUAUACCACUCAGACAUGGAGGCCUUUCUCUAGUACAGACUACAGAUUACAUCUACCCCAUUGUAGAUGACCCCUACAUGAUGGGAAGAAUUGCAUGUGCCAAUGUUCUAAGUGACCUGUACGCUAUGGGAGUGACGGAGUGCGACAACAUGCUGAUGCUGUUGGGAGUCAGCAACAAAAUGUCCGAGAAGGAGAGAGACACAGUCAUGACGCUGAUCAUACAGGGCUUCAAAGACGCAGCAGAGGAAGCGGGUACGUCUGUAACAGGAGGACAGACUGUGCUGAACCCUUGGGUUGUGAUGGGAGGAGUUGCUACGACAGUGUGCCAGCCAAACGAAUUCAUCAUGCCAGACAAUGCAGUUCCUGGAGAUGUCUUGGUGUUGACCAAGCCCCUAGGGACACAAGUGGCUGUUGCAGUUCACCAGUGGUUAGAUAUUCCUGACAAGUGGAACAAAAUAAAGUUGGUGGUAACCCAGGAGGACGUGGAACUGGCCUACCACGAAGCCAUGAUGAACAUGGCUCGACUUAACAGAACAGCCGCUGGACUCAUGCACACCUUCAAUGCGCACGCAGCCACUGACAUCACAGGGUUUGGCAUCCUUGGCCACGCUCAGACAUUGGCACGGCAACAGCGAAGUGAAGUAUCGUUUGUCAUCCACAAUCUCCCGGUCCUCGCAAAAAUGGCCGCCGUGUCCAAGGCCUGUGGGAAUAUGUUUGGCCUCAUGCACGGCACCUGCCCUGAAACAUCAGGGGGCUUGCUCAUCUGUCUGCCCCGAGAGCAGGCUGCCCGCUUCUGUGCAGAGAUCAAAUCUCCGAAAUACGGAGAGGGCCACCAAGCAUGGAUCAUUGGAAUUGUAGAAAAAGGAAACCGCACCGCUCGCAUCAUCGAUAAGCCUCGGAUCAUAGAGGUGGCGCCACAAGCUGCUACACAGAACGUCAACCCGACGCCCGGCGCAACGUCUUAGUCCACCUUUACUGAAACAGACGGGUGUCUGGAAGCGCUGCGUGAUUCUUAGACAGAUAAACAACAAAACCAUCCUAGAUUGAUCAAAUAAAUGCACACAAUAGUCAUGUACACAGAAAAGACUGGGCUGGUGUGUCUCUACGUGAUAAAGCGCAGCACACGGUGGCUCAGGGAGCAUGUCGCCACCCAGUGGACUCAAACUCAUGUAUCCCCACUAUAAAAAAAAACAACAAAGAAAAUGAUCAUAAAUAAUCCUUAUGCCUUUUUGUCUUCCUUGUGUUCUGUUAAACCUGUGACAGAAUAUGGUUAAAAGCAUUAUAGACAAAAAUCUGAUGUCGAUUGUGAAUCUUCCGAAGUCUGAAGUGCGUAGCCUCUUAAAAGAUGUACUCAUCCAGCGACAUCCAUUUGUUGUGGUGUUUUCAGUUGUCCAUUUCUUUUUUUGUACAGUCUUCAAAACCUGGUUUAAGUUCAUUCCUGUAACUAAUGCCUUGAAGGGGUCUGAUGAGAUUCUUUUUUUACUAUUACUUUAACUUUUUUGUACUGUCCCUACAUAAACCAAUAAAUACUAAAAAAGAAGAUGCUUUUGUUGGAGCUGCAGGUAUGUGAAUAAUCACGUGAAUGUUUUAUAACAAGCCAUUGAUUCUAAUCAGUCACAGUGUUGUUGCUGCUGUGUGCUGAGGCACAGUGUGCUGUAAGAGAUCAUCAGGUGUACCAUAGAAAACUAUUAUUUAUUUACUGUAAGUAAUGUUACAUGCUGAAUAUUAAAUGUGUCCACUAGAUGGCAGCAGAUGGAUAUCAAAACAUGAAAUAGACUCCCAGCAGAUGGAAGAUCUUCCAAGUGUCUUUCCUCAAUAUACUGCAGGUGUUUCAGGGUUGUGUACAACAAAACAGGCCACUGGACAUGUUAAGUUGGUGCCAAUGUUAGUGUGAAUGCUUAGUUAUCUUUAUGGUAACUGUCCUGAGGGAGCCGAUGGCAGCUACAAUUAGCUCUAGCCUCUCCACCCGUCUUCCUAGACCCUGAAAUGGAUUAUGUAAUAGAAAACAAAUUUAUCAUGGACUAAUAAAUACCUAAAAUGUUUGUU